AAAAAAAACAAGAAGAAACUAUUGGAAGCAGCAAAAACCAGACCUAUCCCGGGCCAAUUAACUUUUCUUCUCUCCAGCUUCUUAUACUGUUAAAAGCUAAAAUCCUGUCCCUCUUCCUCUCUUGAUCGAGCAUCGAAGAAGAUGAAGAUGUUCAGGAUAUUCGUAGUUCUGCUUUUCUCUCUCCUGUUACUCUCAUCCGUCAAGGCUUUCUAUCUCCCCGGCGUCGCUCCUCGCGACGUUCGCAGGGGCGAUACUCUUUCUGUCAAAGUGAACAAACUAUCAUCUACAAAGACACAACUUCCAUAUGACUACUAUUACUUGAACUAUUGCAAGCCUUCUAAGAUUGUGAAUAGUGCAGAAAAUUUGGGAGAGGUUCUUCGAGGUGAUCGCAUAGAGAACUCCGUCUACUCUUUUGAAAUGAUGGAACAACAGCCGUGCAAAGUAGCCUGUCGAGUAACACUUGAUGCUCCAUCUGCGAAAAACUUUAAGGAAAAAAUUGAUGAUAAAUACCGGGUUAAUAUGAUUUUGGAUAAUCUUCCAGUUGCCGUUCUCAGAGAGAGAAUUGAUGGAAGUCAGUCUACAACGUAUGAGCAUGGUUUUCUUGUUGGGUUCAAAGGAAAGUAUGAAGGGAGCCAGGUGAAGAGGUAUUUUAUAUAUAAUCAUUUGAGCUUUAGAGUCAUGUAUCACAAGGAUCCUGAUUUAGACACUGCUCGAAUUGUGGGAUUUGAGGUUUCUCCAAUGAGUAUUAAUCAUGAGUACAAGGAGUGGGAUGAGAAGAAUCCACAGGUGACAACCUGUAACAAGGAAACUAUAACUUCUAAGAAAGAUGCCAUUUCAGCACAAGAAGUUGACACCGGCAAGGAUAUUGUGUUUACUUAUGAUGUUACCUUCAAGGAAAGUGGGAUUAAAUGGGCAUCUCGUUGGGAUACAUACCUCCUCAUGAAUGAUGAUCAGAUUCACUGGUUUGCGAUCAUUAAUUCUUUGAUGAUUGUUCUCUUCCUUUCUGGUAUGGUAGCCAUGAUCAUGAUGAGAACUCUGUAUAGAGACAUAGCGAACUAUAAUCAGCUUGAUACCCAAGACGAGGCUCAGGAAGAAACAGGUUGGAAACUUGUACAUGGAGAUGUGUUCAGGGCACCUGUCAAUUCUGGUUUACUCUGUGUCUAUGUUGGUACAGGUGUUCAGAUCUUUGGAAUGGCUCUUGUAACAAUGAUAUUCGCUCUUUUUGGUUUUUUAUCUCCAUCAAACAGAGGAGGGCUUAUGACUGCCAUGGUUCUCUUGUGGGUUUUCAUGGGUGUCUUUGCUGGUUAUGCUUCCGCGCGUUUGUAUAAGAUGCUCAAGGGCAUAGAAUGGAAGAGAAAUACCUUAAAAACUGCUUUUAUGUUUCCGGGUAUUCUUUUCACAAUCUUCUUUGUGCUGAAUGCUCUAAUCUGGGGGGAGCAGUCAUCUGGGGCAGUACCCUUUGGGACGAUGUUCGUUCUUGUAGCCUUGUGGUUUGGUAUUUCAGUUCCCUUGGUAUUCGUGGGUAGUUACUUGGGUUUCAAAAAGCCAGCCAUUGAAGACCCUGUAAAGACGAAUAAAAUUCCUAGACAAAUACCAGAGCAGGCAUGGUAUAUGCAACCGGUCUUCUCUAUACUCGUUGGAGGAAUUCUCCCAUUUGGUGCUAUUUUCAUUGAGCUCUUCUUUAUCCUGACAUCGCUGUGGUUGAACCAGUUCUACUACAUCUUCGGCUUCCUUUUCAUAGUGUUUGUUAUCCUUUUUAUAACUUGUGCAGAGAUAACAAUGGUGCUCUGCUACUUCCAACUCUGCAGUGAAAACUACCACUGGUGGUGGAGGUCUUACCUGACUGCUGGCUCCUUUGCUCUGUAUCUUUUCCUCUACUCCAUUUUCUACUUCUUCACCAAGAUGGAAAUCACAAAACUGGUAUCAGGCAUUCUGUACUUUGGUUACAUGAUAAUUAUCUCAUAUGCUUUCUUUACCUUGACUGGCACGGUAGGCUUCUAUGCAUGCUACUGGUUUGUUCAGAAGAUCUACUCUUCUGUGAAGAUCGACUGAAGCACUCGUCUGAAGAGAUGCACAAAAAAAGAGUGCGACUAUAUGACCACUUAUCUUCAAAACCGCCUUUUUUUUUUCCUUCCCUUGAUGACAGGGUAGGGGCUUCGAAUGAUAUAUUGUUUACAGUAUUAAGUAGACAUGAAAUGUAUCUUAGUAAUUUGGUGAGAGAAGUCAAUCAAUUACUGAUGUUUCCAGCACUGAAUAUAAUCCAUUGUCUGUCAUGAACUUCAAUGCUCGUUUGCGUGGUUUGUUGUCAAAUGACCUUAUCUACCA